AUGAGUCGUCAAUACGUCUUGGUUGGUGUCCUAGCCUUAGCUGUCUCUUUCACGGUGGCGGACCACAUCGCAUCUCGUGCCAGUACACCUCUCUGGGGUCAAUGUGGUGGAUUGGGUUUCACUGGCCCAACUUCUUGCGCCGAAGGAGUUUGCACCGCCGUAAAUGAUUGGUACUCGCAAUGUGUACCCAGGACUGGCCAGAACACUACCCCGGCGCCUUCCGCCACCCAAAGCCCUGUCAAGUUACCCAGCAAUUUCAGGUGGAGUUCCAGUGCUGCGCUAAUCGGCCCCAAAACCGAUUCUCGCAACAUCGCUGGUAUCAAGGACCCAUCUGUUGUGUACUACAACGACCGCUGGCAUGUCUUCGCUAGCACUGCAGUGGCCUCUGGAUACAACCUCGUCUACCUCAGCUUCGUAGACUGGUCCCAGGCGGCGGCAGCAGACUUCUACUACCUCGACCAAUCGCCCAUCGGGACCGGAUACCGCGCCGCUCCCCAAGUCUUCUACUUUGCACCACACAAACUCUGGUAUCUCGUCUACCAGAACGGCAAUGCGGCCUAUUCCACCAACGCGGACAUCAGCAACCCGAACGGCUGGACGGCGCCACGCACCUUCUACAGCGGCAUGCCGUCGAUUAUCCAGCAGAACAUCGGAAAUGGCCACUGGGUCGAUAUGUGGGUCAUCUGCGACUCUGCCAAUUGCCACCUCUUCUCCUCCGACGACAACGGCCAGCUGUACCGAUCGCAAACCCCGCUUGCCAAUUUCCCAGACGGCUUCAACCAGCCGGUCAUCGCAAUGCAAGACGCUAACAAGUACCGCCUGUUCGAAGCCGCAAACGUUUACCAGGUCGAUUCAGAUAGUAACUACCUUCUGCUCGUCGAGGCAAUUGGGAGCGAUGGGCGCAGGUACUUCCGCUCCUGGACAUCAAUCAAUAUUGCAGGACCAUGGCAGCCGCUCGCCGACUCCGAGAGUAACCCAUUCGCGCGGGCCAACAACGUCGCAUUCAGUGAAACGGCCUGGACCAAGGAUAUCAGCCACGGUGAGAUGGUCCGCAGCGGAUACGACCAGACGCUCAAGAUUAGCCCUUGCGAGAUGCAGUACCUCUAUCAGGGUAUGAGCCCCACCGCCAACGAGACUUACAACGCUCUUCCCUGGCGUCUCGGCCUGCUCACUCAAACGAAUUCGCUGUGCUAA